GCUCUGCCGACAUGCCGCCGGGCGCAGGCGGGGGGCGCGGGGCUGGAGGAUGCCCUGCCCGGGGGGCGAGGUGCCACCCCCAGGAGCAGCGGGAGAAAAUCUGUGCUGUCCCGCAUCGCCGUGAGCCAGCAGCAUGCUGCUAAGGGUCAACCCCAGUCAGUUCAUGGAGCAUCAGCCUCUCUUUGUGGAGAACGCGGAGUGCGAGUAUCCUGCCCCGAACUCGCUUCCCGAUCCAUUCAUGACCGAGGGACCCUCUGCCUCAGCUGAGCCAGACCCGCUGGCCUUCAACCUCACCAACGCCACGGACUGCGGCGAGGAGAUCCUGCUCUACGGGGACACCGAGAAGAUCGUCAUCGGGACGGUGCUCUCCAUCAUCACCUUGCUGACCAUUGCUGGCAACAGCUUGGUCAUCAUCUCCGUCUGCAUCGUCAAGAAGCUCCGCCAGCCCUCCAACUACCUGGUGGUGUCCUUGGCGGCGGCCGACCUGUCCGUUGCCUUCGCGGUCAUGCCCUUCGUGAUCAUCACGGACCUGGUGGGAGGGGAGUGGCUGUUUGGGAAGGUGUUUUGCAACGUGUUCAUCGCCAUGGACGUGAUGUGCUGCACGGCUUCCAUCAUGACCUUGUGCGUCAUCAGUGUGGACAGGUACCUAGGGAUCACGCGGCCACUGACGUACCCCGUGAGGCAAAACGGGAAGCUGAUGGCCAAGAUGGUGUUCAUCGUGUGGCUCCUCUCUGCCUCCAUAACGCUCCCCCCGCUCUUCGGCUGGGCCAAGAACGUCACCGUCGAAAGGGUCUGCCUUAUCAGCCAGGACUUUGGAUACACGGUCUACUCCACCGGCGUUGCCUUCUACAUCCCCAUGACCGUCAUGCUCGUCAUGUACAACCGGAUCUACAAAGCCGCCAAGGUCAGCGCGGAGAAGCACCGGUUCAUGAACUUCCCCAAACAGUACGACCAGGAUGGGGUGUAUUGCAUGGAGGCCAGCGUCCGGGGCCAUCACAGCUCCAAGCGCAGCAAGGCGGUGGAGGAGUGUGCCACACUGUCCAAGCUGCUGAGGCAGGAUCGAAAGAACAUUUCCAUCUUCAAAAGGGAGCAGAAAGCAGCCAGGACCCUUGGCAUUAUCGUGGGGGCCUUCACGUUCUGCUGGUUCCCCUUCUUCCUGAUGUCCACGGCCCGGCCUUUCAUAUGUGGCAUCCAGUGCAGUUGCAUGCCUCUGAGGUUGGAGAGGACCCUGCUCUGGCUGGGUUACACCAACUCCCUCAUCAACCCCCUCAUCUAUGCUUUCUUCAACCGAGAUUUAAGGACUACUUUUUGGAACCUCUUAUGGUGCAGGUACAGGAACAUCAACCGGAGGCUGUCGGCAGCCAGCAUGCACGAAGCCCUGAAAGUCACAGAGAGACACGAGUGUAUUCUAUAAACCCCCGAAGAGGGCCUGUGUCCUCUCGUCUAACGCUCGCGCUCAGUGCCUAAGUCAAGACCUCCCACGUCUCCAUCCAGCCCUUGAGGAAUGGCAGCCGUGUGCGUUGUCGUUCUCCAGCCUGAGCUCACCGUCACAAAUCGGGUACGAGACGGGCUCCGGCCUGGAGUACCUGCGCGCUGCCUGUCCAUCAUGACCCGUUGCAGCCCCUUCCCUUCUCUUUAGCCCAUCACUGUGGCUGCACUUUCGAAACUGGGAGUCGAGCAGCAGCCCAUAGCACCCAGGAUGGAGCCAGGGUGGUUCUCGGACCCUGCCCCAAGUUGUGCCACAGCCUGACGGUGACCUUGGGCAAGUUGCGUCACUUCUCCGUGCCUCGGUUUCCCCCCGUGUAAAAAAAUUAGAUGCUUGAUUUUUUGCAGGGGGCUGUGAGGUCUGUGGAGGGACAGUGCUGCGUGCGGUGGGAUUAUCUCACAAGCCGCACUCCUGUAUCCUGUCGGACAGCAGCUAUGGGCUGCCCUGAAGUGGACGAUGGACCUCACAUCCUCCCCCUGUGCUUAUAAACUAUUGCAACCGAGUUGUUUCCAUUCGACAUCCCGCGGCCCCUUCCAGGUUUGCAUGUUGGGGAGAUUAUGCCAAUGACCCUCUUUCCCCAGGUCCUCGCAUUUCAGAACUUGAACCUGGCAUGCUUAGGAAAAAGAAAAAAAAAACUUUGUUUAUAGUAUGGUAGACAAAGUUUAAACAGCCGACUUAAAUCGGAGAAGUGAACAGCAAGCAAAGACUGAUAUAUUUACUGGGAUGUAUGUACUUCAUUCACAGCUGAGUGAUGUGUUUGCAUAAUGUGUGGCUAAUUGAUUGACUGAGGCACUCCAUAAAAGCAUGCUUUGGUUGAUGAGAGACAUGCAUACGCAAUUUCACUGGUAGCUUUCCGGUGCUGCAGUACGAUGUACAGCGAGCUUGGAAAAAAAUAAAC